AUGGCUGCUAAUAUUCUGAAGUUGAAUUUUCCUUGUAAAUGGACAUUGCCAAAUGACUCAUCCAGGCAUUAUGUAAAACUUGCGCGUUGCAUGCCGGUACAGCAACAGGAUGAUUCAGGAAUUAUGUGUGAAUCUUGCAAUGGCAGAGGAUGGUUGCUAUGCGACUUCUGUAAUGGGCAGAAGACAAACGUUAAAGCUGAGAACAAUAGGAUAUACCGUCGUUGCCCAGCAUGUAGAGCUACUGGAUGCAUAUUGUGUUCAAAGUGUAAAGUUUUCAGAUGUGUUACAUUUCCAGAUCAUAAUGAUGGUGAGGAGCUAAUCUUUUGA